AUGAGGAUUCGACGAGUCACGAGUGCCAGUGAGCGAGCCAGGUUUGUGUCCUUACGAGCUUGUGGUAUGUCUCUCCAUGCCAUUGCUCGCGUGACUGGCGUCAGCACGUCCACCGUCUUCAGGUGGGUACAGCGCUGGCUGGAGGAAGACAGUGUCAGUUCUACACCUAGCCAACACUCACCUCUUGAACCAAAUGUUGCAACUGAGGAAGGAGCAAGUAGUCCCGACACUCCUCAACUCUCAAUGACUUGGGAUGAUAGCAACUACAGGCACCCACAACUUCAUCCUAACUCCCAUGAGAACGGAAUCAACGACCAUUCUCCUUCUCAGUCUGUGGACCACUUCUGGCAGUCACUUGCAAAAUUCGACCAGCAUUUAAUAUUUUUCCUAAUAAAUUAUCAAAGAUUACUCCAGGUGACGGACACAAAAUAUCUUCCUCAAAUUCUGGAGCACACAAAACAUAAGUUGGAAGAACGCAGGCUCACUCAUAACAUCGAGUUCAGUUCUUGUAAACAGGACACGAAGUGGUCCAUGAUGCGCCUGCAGCAGACUGGUCUCUCAACACAGGUGAUGGAGGCUUGGCUGGUCACACAGGUGGUGGAGGCUGUGUUGACCUCAACACAACAUGGCAGCUACUCUGUAAUUUUUAUUACAGACGGCACUACCUCACCCUCCACUAUCUUCAUGUUACAAGAUCAUCUACGGUCUCCAGGAGGAGUUGGAUUUUUUGAAGCAGGAAUUAAUGGCUCUGAUUUCAAUCAGAGGGACGAGCACCUCUCUCUGCUGGUUGAUAAUGUUAAGAUGCUGCGGAAGUUGUCAUCAUACACAACAAUUGUGGUGAUAAGUGACGAGGCAACCUUCCUCGCCGCCUUCGUCAAGUGGUCCGUCAAGGGGCGCCUCAUGGUGUGGUCGACGAGGCUCCUCAUCCUCACUCACUCUCGCCUCAUGGAGCUGCAGGAUCUCCACACAACCUUGUCCAACCUCAACUCUAUGUUGGUUAUUAUCAACGACGACACAACAAACAUUAGGUGCAGUGUUUACGUCCAGCUGCCGUAUAGUCCGCGGGGAUCCCAGGUUGUGCAGGUGGCCUCCUGGACACCUCGUCGUGGCCUCCUCCUCACCUCACACCUCCCACUCUUCCCAGAAAAGUUCUCUAAGUUCCACCAUAGACCAAAUUUGCUGGUGGCGAUCGAGGAGUCUGGCUUCGGUAGACUAGUAACGGUAAAUGACCCAAGUUCCGGGGCUCCCAGGGUUCAGUUCCAGGGCUCCUUGGUAAAGCUGAUAGAAUACCUCUCUGGUGCCCUUAACUUCACGUACUCCCUCGUGCGACCUCCUGACAGAGUCAGGGGUGUUAGACUGGAUAAUGGUUCAUGGUCUGGCAUGAUGGGCAUGGUGGUCAGGGAGGAAGUAAGUAUCGGUGCUGGACCUUUCAUGGUUGAUAGAUGGCGAGCCGAGGCGGUGGACUUCACUGUACCAAUGUUGAUAGAUUACUGGAGGAUCCUGGGGGUCCGAGGUCUUCCUGAAGUGGACCCCUGGGGCUUCCUGUUCCCCCUGGCACCACUGGUGUGGGCGACCAUCCUGGUGAUGCUGGUGAUGCUUGCUGCUGCAGUGUUCCUCAUGUAUUCCUGCGGCUCUCUCAAGAGUGACGACCAAAACAACUGGUCACACGUUACCUUCGGCUACGUUCGGAUAUUAUUACAGCAAGAUAUGACGCUGCCUAUAUACUGGUGGUGGGAGCGGGUGGUGUUGAUGGUGUGGAUGAUGGUGACACUGGUGUUAACACGGAGUUACUCUGGCAACCUCAUGGCUCUCCUGGCAGUGAGACACAUCCCUCAACCUUACCAAACACUACGAGACGUGAUGGACGACCCAUCUGUUAAGAUGAUAUGGGAAAAAGACUCUGCGCCUGUCCUUUAUCUGAAAUCAGCGAAGUCUGGUAUAUACCGGGAGAUAGCUGAUGCAGAGAAGACUGGUCGAGUUAUAUAUAUACCACAUCUGCAGUUCCCUGAAGUUAUUGACAGUUUGGUACGACGAGGUGACCACGUCCUGGUGGACGUUCAUGACGGUGUUAAGUCUAAUAUUGCUCAAGACUUUACGAAAACAGGAAAGUGCUCAUUUUACGUAUCCAGAGAAGAAUUUCUGCAGAUAAUGAUUGCGAUGAUCAGUCAAAAGGACAGUCCACUUGUACCAGCUGUAAAUAAGAGGAUGACGUCGAUGACGGAGGCUGGGUUGUUCUUCCAGUGGUUGAUAGCUGAACAACCCAACUCCACUGUGUGUGAUCAUGUUCCCACCAAGAUCACUGUCAACGUCGCUCUCUCUCUCAGUAACCUCUGGGGAAUGUUUGUUAUCCUCCUGGUGGGUCAUCUUACCAGUCUGUCUGUGUUCUCCCUCGAGCUUCUCAUUCAUCUUAUUCAACACAUUUAG